ACGUCGGAAGCGUUUGGGUGCAGCAGCAACAGCGAUGGAGAAGUACGAAAAGAUCAAAGUAGUUGGAAGAGGAGCAUUUGGGAUUGUUCACCUGUGCCGCAGGCGCAGUGACGGGGCUUUUGUCAUCCUAAAGGAGAUACCGGUGGAGCAGAUGUCACGAGACGAACGCCUGGCAGCUCAGAAUGAGUGUCAGGUACUGAAACUGCUCAACCACCCAAAUAUCAUAGAGUACUAUGAGAACUUCCUGGAAGACAAGGCCCUCAUGAUAGCUAUGGAAUAUGCACCAGGUGGAACAUUGGCUGACUACAUACAGAAACGCUGUAACUCCCUGCUGGAUGAGGACACCAUCCUUCACUUCUUUGUACAGAUCCUGCUCGCUUUGUACCACGUGCACAACAAACUCAUCCUGCACAGAGACCUGAAGACACAGAAUAUUCUUCUUGACAAGCAUCAGAUGAUCGUCAAAAUCGGGGACUUCGGCAUCUCCAAAAUCCUUGUCAGCAAAAGCAAAGCUUACACGGUGGUUGGAACGCCCUGCUAUAUCUCCCCAGAGCUGUGUGAGGGAAAGCCAUAUAACCAGAAGAGUGACAUCUGGGCUCUGGGCUGUGUGCUCUAUGAACUAGCCAGCCUCAAGAGAGCCUUCGAGGCCGCUAAUCUCCCCGCCCUCGUUCUGAAGAUCAUGAGCGGUACCUUCGCUCCGAUUUCAGACCGGUACAGCCCAGAACUCCGACAGCUCAUUCUCAACAUGCUCAAUCUGGAUCCAUCCAAACGUCCUCAACUCAAUGAAAUAAUGGCUCUUCCCAUAUGCAUCAGGCCCCUGCUUAAUCUCUACACAGACAUAGGCAAUGUCAAGAUGCGCAGGAUUGAGAAACCACUCUCUACUGUGCAGACUGGCCCACAUGGCAGACAAGGAGGGAGAGUACCUACGAACAGGUCCAGAGAUGGAUCAGUCGGUUUAGCAACAGGGAAGUUGCACUCCCUCCCACUGUCCUCGGUGUACACGUGGGGCAGUGGCAUCUCAGCUCCUCUCCGCCUGCCUAUGCUCAACACUGAGGUGCUUCAGGUGUCUCUAGGUCGCACUCAGAAGAUGGGGGUGACCAAGUCAGGCCGGCUGAUCACCUGGGAGGCUCCAUCAGUGGGGUCUGGUGAGGCCAGUCUGCCUGGUGUGGUGGAGCAGAUGCAACCUCAGUUCAUUUCACGCUUCCUAGAGGGUCAGUCUGGAGUCACCAUCAAAUCUGUGUCCUGUGGUGAUCUUUUUACCACCUGCAUGACAGACAGGGGCAUUAUCAUGACUUUCGGAAGCGGGAGCAACGGUUGUCUAGGGCAUGGGAACUUUAAUGAUGUAACACAGCCCAAGAUAGUAGAGGCACUCCUUGGCUAUGAGUUGGUUCAGGUGUCGUGUGGUGCUUCCCAUGUUCUCGCUGUAACCAAUGAAAGAGAAGUAUUUUCAUGGGGAAGAGGAGACAAUGGUCGCCUCGGAUUAGGCACCCAAGACACCCACAACUGUCCACAGCAGGUGUGUUUACCUGUGGACUUUGAGGCCCAGAGGGUGAUGUGUGGAGUUGACUGCUCCAUGAUUGUCAGCACCCAGCACAGCAUUGUGGCAUGUGGAAGCAACAGGUUCAACAAGCUUGGGUUGGAUAGAAUAACAGCUGGAGAGGAACCAAAUCCCUCAAAUCAGGUGGAAGAAGUCCAUUCUUACACUCCUGUCCAAUCAACCCCACUAAACAGUGAGAAGAUUGUUUACAUUGACAUAGGAACAGCCCAUUCUGUUGCUGUUACAGAGAGCGGUCAGUGUUUUACUUUUGGCAGCAACCAGCAUGGACAGAUGGGCUGUAGUUCCCGUCGUAGCAGCCGUGUGCCUUAUCCGGUGCCUGGCCUGCAGAAUAUCACUAUGGCUGCCUGUGGAGAUGCUUUCACUCUAGCAAUCGGAUCCGAUGGGGAGGUGUAUACCUGGGGAAAGGGGGCCCGUGGACGCCUCGGAAGGAAAGAGGAGGACUCUGGGAUACCAAAGGCGGUGCAGCUCGACGAGAGUCACCCGUUCACGGUGACAUCAGUGGCUUGUUGUCAUGGCAACACUCUGCUGGCAGUGAAACCUUUGCUUGACGAACCCUCCCCGAGAUGAUGUUUUCCUAAACGGUAACCUGUACCCACUCAGCAUUCAUCAUGAAGCCUGGUGGUGGCUUGAGGUGAAGGACAGCUUCCUCUGAAUAACUCCUCCCAAGGGCCCAUCUGUGCCGCAGUUGAAAGAUUCCCUUUCAUACUGCAGCUGCGACCA